AUGUACAUAGGAACUAAGAGUGUAUUAGGUAGCUAUGGAAGGACAACUUGUUCACCAAGGUGUUCCGCUUUUAAGGAUUGCCACUUCUAUCCGAAGCUUCUGGCAGGAACUGUACGAUUCUGUGCUAAUGAGGCCAAAGAUAAAUCUGAGCCAGAGUCAGUUGCCGGUGUCCCAUAUGAUCAGCUGACUGUUGGUGUUCCAAAGGAGAUCCAUGAAGGGGAGAAAAGAGUUGCUAUGUCCCCUGAAGCUACCAAGCAGUUCACUAAACAAGGCUUUAAAGUAGUGGUAGAGGCAGGAGCUGGUGAAGGAGCUAAGUUUCUUGAUGCAGAUUACAUUGCUGCUGGAGCAGAAGUCAAGUCAGCCAAGGAGGCAUUUAGUUCAGAUAUUGUCCUUAAGGUACGGCCACCUCAGAAAAAUCAGGUUUCAGGUGUCCAUGAAGCUGACCUUAUGAAGGAAGGUGGCAAACUGAUCAGUUUUCUCUACCCAGCCCAAAACAAAGACUUGUUGGAUGUCUUAGCAAAAAGGAAAAUAACAGCGUUUGGAGUUGAUUGUAUUCCAAGGAUUAGCCGUGCCCAGUCAUUUGAUGCUCUGAGCUCCAUGGCCAAUAUCGCAGGCUAUAAGGCAGUUAUCGAAGCUGCAAACUUGUUUGGGAGAUUCUUCACAGGGCAGAUUACUGCUGCAGGGAAAGUUCCUCCAGCAAAGAUUCUUGUUAUAGGUGGUGGAGUUGCUGGCUUGUCCGCCAUAGCCACAGCUAGAAAUAUGGGAGCCAUUGUUCGUGGCUUUGAUACCAGAGCUGCUGUCAAGGAACAGGUCCAAUCACUUGGAGCAGAGUUUCUAGAGGUCACUGGAAUAGAAGAGUCUGGUGAAGGUGAGAAUCUGUUCAAACCAUCGAAUUGAACCUAAAGUGUAACC